AUGGCCGACCGAGCAUCCAUAACAUCACGCAUCGCGGUCCUCCUCAGCUCCGGCAACGAGAUGACCGAAUCUAUCAGAAAUAUGGAUGUCAUAAAAACCUCGGCCGAGGCGAUAGUACUGCAGGAUCUCCAAAAUCUCCUCGGCGUUCUCCGCUCCCUUGAAGUCGCGAUUCAAGCGCGCGAUGGGCUGUCCCAUAUCACACCGGAUACUCUCCAAGCGCUUGACGAUGCCGUUAUGCGGUGCGAGAGGAGUACCUUCAGCAAUCUGCAGUCGGAGAAGAGAGGCCACCAAGAAUCGCACCAGAAUUAG